AUGGACAAUCACCACAGCCACCAACAAGAAGAAGCAUUUUCUGCUUCUCUACAAGCUUUCGAAUCCGAGAUUUUGACAUGCCUGAAUCAGUUCUCUUUAUCUUCCAAAUCCAGAUCAGAUAUCCUGACUUUGACAUGGAUUCAGCAAUGUUUGCAGCUUCUUCCUAGCAUGAACAAAUCAUUUAGGAAACUCAUACUAGAUAUCAACUACCCAAUGAAUAGAUGGGAGGCCCUUUCUGUCGAUGAGUAUCUCAGAGUCACCUUGAAAUUGCUUGACCUCCUUAACUCCAUAACCUCCUCUGUUUCCCAUCUGGGUCAAGCUCGAAUGUCACUCUCUCAUGCCCUGAGCCUUCGGGGGAAUUCACCUUCCCUUGAAAUGAAAGCAAUUCAGCCACUUGGUUCCAUCAAGAACUGGGAAGGAGAAGAGAAUGAAGUCAGAACAGGGGAGGCAGAGAAUUGUUCCUCCGGGAAAGAACGGAUUGUUUGUCAAGCUAUGGCAGUAUUGAAGGUCAUCGGCUUUUGGGUAUGUGGUGUUGUGGCUUCAAAUCUAUGCGGAGACACUGAAUCAUGCUUGAAGCUCAGGAAUUCAAUUAGUGGGUUCCCUAAUUCUUCUUUGAUGAGUUUGCAUAUCUGUGUCUGUGAAGAGAUGAUGGCGAAAGGAGGUCUGUUUGAGGUAAGGGAGGUGAAUAAUGGAGUUGCUCAGCUUGUUUCAGUUACUCGUGGAGGAUCAAACAUUGCAGUGGCAAAGGAAUUGCAAAGAAGAGUGGAGAAAUUGGGGAAGCUGUUGGAGGAUGUUGAAGAGGAGGUGAAUCGGAUUUUCUCGGAAAUUAUGUUAGAGAGAAAUGAUUUACUUGCUAGCCUCAGCCAACGGAUACAAUAA